UGCUGCUCUGUCUUACAAUUCUUAUGGUUUCAGAAAGUCCAUUUAAACCAGCCAGAAUUGAAUAAAGGGGCCUUAGAAAAUGUAACUUUGAAAAUCAGGCUUUAUGCUACUCCCACUGCUUCCGGGCUUUGGGUUUUUUUUUUUUUCUGGAAUGCAUUGUAGACCUUAAGCUGAGAAAUUCAACCUCAAUUCAACCACCUCAAUGCAGAGGUGGUUGUUAAUAGUGAAAAAGAUGUUAAUAACGACCUCACAUUGCAAAAUUGUGGAGUUCCAAAAUAUGCCAAUUCCCUCAGAAUAACAGCUUUUAGAGGUUCAAACUGAUUUCCUCAAGACUUGUCUGAUGCAGGCACCUGGCACACACAGGAAUCCAGCUGGGACGUGGGACACGUGCUGCAAGCAGGAGCUGAUGUUUCUGAACAAGGAGCAAAGUACUGGCAGCAGCGUGUGUGGAGCUCUUGGCUUCAGGCUGCUCAAGUCCCUUAGCCACUGCCCAGCUUCAGACAUUGAUCAUUCUGUGAGCUUUGCAGUUGGUGUCAUGGUGCAUUUGUGUUUGCAGCCCCUGGCUUACCAGAGUGUGUUUUUAAUGUGUUCCUACUCUACAAGUUUUGUGUUCUGUUUGGGAGAGAAGGAGACCUGUAACUUCAGAAGUUUAUAAAGAAACAAACGUAGCAGUCAACAGCAGUACCAGAAUCAGCUGCUUUUAGCCCAUGGGGAACCAUGAAGUUACAUCAAUUUUUGCUUUAUUGUCUCAUUAAAAAUGCUGCAUUUUGGUUAUUGUUGAGUGAAACAGAAAUUUCCCAAACCACUCCCCACUGAAAUGACAUCUGUGGCUUUCAAAAGAUUUUAAGGAGUCAGUGGCAGCUUGUCACAAACCUUUGCUCAGAAUCUGAUUUUUAUUUUCUUGAUGCCAGUGUUUUCCCUGACAGUAAUGGAAAUGUGUAAUGAAAGUUUUCUCAAGCCUGCAUUGUUUGUUGAAAUAUGUUGUAAGGAGACCCCAGUGGCAUUUCCCCUCUGACUUUUAUAUUGGACACCACAGAUGAAAUCUUUGGUCACCAAUAGGUUCAGUUAAGGUUAACUUUUAGGUUUUAGUUUUAUUUAGUCUGAGUCUGCUGUACCUUGGAGAGGCUGAAGUCACAUCAUAUGAAUGUUUUUUAGAGAAAGGGAGUGGUUUUGCUAUUCUACGUGUGCGGUUAUACAUAAAAAGUGUAACAUUGGAUAUUUGAUUGAUUAACUGAAUUUUCAACUUGAUGAGCAGUCACAGUAGGGUUUUGAAGCAAUGAAGAGCCAAAUGGAAAAAAAUCUUGCUAUGUCCCUCUUGGGAGAAACUGUAGGUCUGGUACAUGCACAAAUUCUGUAGUGAGGGUUUGUGUGUGUGACUCAACAGAGAACUGCAAUGGCUCAGCCACCAACAUUAAGGGAAAAACUUCCUCCUCUUUGAUUUUAAAAAUUUUAAAGUCAGAGUAGUCAUCCAUAUAAAGUUGCUCAAGAACAUAAGGUUCCUUUUUGAACUGAUGCCAAUUUUACUUUUGUGGAGUGGGGGAAAAGUUGUUCAGGGCUAAAACAUUCCUGGUUUUCCGAUUUUACAUUUUACAGUUAUAACUCUGAUGCCAGUGUAACAUUUCUCAGGGUCUGUAUGUUUCUACAUCCUCUGCUGCCUUCAGAACUGAGAACUUUUCUUUUGUAUGUUAGGCAGGGAAUAGUUUGUAUUGCUUAAAAACUUCAGAAAACUACUAAGGGUGAGUGAGUGGCAGAAAGAACUGUACUCCUCUUUGGUAAACUGAAGAGUAGUAAUUAGUAGGAUAAAGUAUCUGAAUGUUCUGUUAAAUCACAGAUUCUGGGAACAGAAUUAAGUUAUUCCAGCUGGAGUCUGUCGAAUCUUUCAUGUGGUCAACUCCACUACUUGAAAUAAGAGCAGAAGGUCAAGUCAUUAAUUUGUAAAUGCUUGUUAAUAAUUUUUACAACCUUGCACAUAAUUGAGAUGCUUCAGAGCUCAUUAAAACUAGCAACAAAAGGGCUGGAGAUAAUUCCAUCAUCUUUCAAUUGCUGGCAACAUGUAAUUCAAUCAUGGUAUAAAGUCUGUAAAUGUAAUUAGAAGAAUUUCACAGUUUGCUCAUGUAAAAUUCUUCCUUGCUCUGUUGUUCGGCAAAAGGCACUUGGCUGAAUGGAACAGACAUUUUCUGGUGGGUGGCUGCUUUGGGAAACCACGUGGUGUGAAGAGAGUUAAGGUGAGCUAAGGUGUGGUGGAGGAAACACACCUUGCUCAGAGGCAGUGUUGGACCUGCUGUACCCAGCACGUCACACUGGGGUUUCCUCCACAGUCAGCAGCAUGAGAGAUCAAAUAGACCUGCUGGCCACAGUCACAGUUCUGGGCGUCCUGGAGCAAGCCUAUUUUGCAAUGCAGGUGAUCUACGCCCGUCGCAAGUACAAGAUUUCCCCUCCUGAAACAACAGGUCACCCUGAAUUUGAGAGGACCUUCAGAGCUCAGGCAAACUGCUCAGAGUACUUCCCAAUCUUCAUUUCCCUCCUCUGGGUUGCUGGAAUCUUCUUCCAUCAAGGUGUGACUGCGGCGUGUGGGCUGCUGUACCUCUACACCCGCCUCAGGUACUUCCAGGGCUACGCCGGGGCUGCCCAGGCACGGUUGGGACCACUGUAUGCCAGUGCCUGGCUGCUCUGGGUGCUGCUGGGGCUGGCACUGGCCGGGCUCCUGGCACACUUCCUGAGGCCCAGCUCCUCCACAUGGAUGGCUGCACUGGUGUGGCCUCUCCAGCUCUGUGGUGCCUGGUGAGAGGGGGCACAGCUCCCCCAAAUCCCACUGUUUGCCCCUGCACAGGGGAGCCAGUCAUGUGGCACCAUCAGAGAGAGAACAUUUCCCUGGCUCUGCAUUCCCUGCUGAAGGGAGAUGGAUGCUGGCACUCCUCUGCUCUUUGGAGAUAAUUUCCCUUCUAGAAAGCAAAUGCUUUCCAGCCCCUGCCCCUGCUGAGGAGCUUCACUGCUGGGCUUUGUAGCACUGUCUGCUCUAAAAUGCCUCUGGCUCUGCCUCAUGGAGCUCACAUUGACCCACAUGCUGUCGUCUCUCCUCCUUACUGCUGUAAUGAUCUAUGUUGAAG